GUGUACACAGCUACAGAGCAUGACGCAGGCCUUCAGGGAGAAGGACUCCGCCAUGACGGGAAACAUACGCAUGAGCUACGAAGACUUCCUCUCCACCACCGUCAACAGGCUCAUGUGAGAGGGACAAAUGCUGAGCUUACACUGCACCAGCACCCCAGCCCCAGUGAGCUCCAGUCAUUAUGUGGCCAGUGUUAUGGAUGUCCAUGCGUACCUACGCCCCCUACAUAACCUUCCCGGUGGCCUUCGUGGUGGGGGCGGUGGGGUACCACCUGGAGUGGUUCAUCAGGGGGGACACCACCCUUAAACCUGGGGAGGAGAAGAGCAUCGUGGAGCUGAGGGAGGAUAGGAAGCUGGAGGAGGGGGCAGGACGGGACAGCACCCAGGUCCUCAGUCUCAAAGAGAAGCUGGAGUUUACCCCCAGGGCAGCGUUGGACCGCAACCGACCCGAGAAGAGCUAACCGUGCCUGGGGUUUAGGCUGACUGGUGUCCACUAGUCCUGGAUCAAGGGGUGAAGGGAGUGGAAUGAUGGAUAUAAACCCUGGUUUCCUGAUGCUAUGUAAUGGUCAAUAAGAGGCGUUGAAGCCACUGGUCGGCCAUAUUGGAACUCCCCAGAAGAAGCAGUCCACCAUAGGAGUGAAUGGAAUUCUGCAGUAUUUCAAUGACAUUUUUCAAGGAGAAAAUUAAAUGUUUUAAAGUAUUUUGUUGUUGUAGUGGGGACAGUAACUUUAGAACUUUCAAAAAAAUAUAUACUUUAAGAAAAUUAUAUAAUUUUUUAAAUUUUUUGUUUAGUUCACAUCAUUUGAGAGUGGAUUAAGGUGUCUAUAAUGCAUGUGACAAAAACAAAGGGGAUCACAAUAAAGGCAUUUUCUAUAGCAACCAAAAUAUUUUCUACAAUGGUGGAGAAACAGUGCCCCCUGUCAGUCAUCUAGUGUGUGUGUGUAAAUCUAUCAUUGGCGUUGAAGGUGCUUACCAAAGGGGAUCGGAGUCAUCUUCUCCUCAACAUACACAGGCCAGCCAAUCGUUGUCACUCGUAUGCCCAAAGCACUGGCAUCAUUCUGUACUUGUACAUCAUUGGCUUGGGCACCUGUGGUGGCACUGUUCUGUUUGAGACUGGAGGAUCAUGGGAAAUGGAGUCUUUUGUUUUAGGGUGCUGAAUAUCCACGCACCUCAUUAAUGAUUUGUGAUUCUCUCGCUGUCUCUCAUAUGUAUACACCCACACACAAAUAUAGGCUACUGGUUAUUCCAUUUUCAUACUUGUGAUCAUGUCCAUCACAUAAACCAUUGGAGAAUGUUG